UAUUACAAAAAUAAAACAAUCGUGCAGGCGAUGAAGACAUUGAAGAAAAGGAAAGUAAUGACUGUGUUUUGUGGAUAGAGUUAAGUUUUAAUGGCUGCUCGCAGUACUUCAACCAGUAUGGACGUGAAUCCAAAAACUCAGAACUACCAGCGGGCUAUCGGUGGUGGAGACAAGACUGAACUUUUAGAAGAAGGUGGCAGGGAUGAUGAGCAUGGUUCCCCUGAGGAGCGUGGUUUUUGCGACUAUUUGCUGACAUUAUUCUCGUUCUUCAUAUUUCUCUGUACACUGCCUUUAUCACUGUGUUUCUGCGUAAAGAUUGUGCAGGAAUAUGAGAGAGCAGUUAUUUUCCGUCUUGGCCGAUUACUUCCUGGAGGUGCCAAAGGACCAGGAAUGUUCUUUAUUUUGCCAUGUAUUGACUCCUACCAAAAAGUAGACUUGAGAGUUGUGUCAUUUGAUGUGCCACCUCAAGAGGUUUUGACCAAAGAUAGUGUCACUGUAGCAGUUGAUGCAGUGGUAUAUUUCAGAAUAUACAAUGCAACCAUGUCCAUCACUAAUGUGGAAAAUGCCAAUCGUUCCACUCGUCUGCUGGCUCAGACCACCCUGAGGAACGUGCUGGGAACCAAAAAUCUCAGUGAGAUAUUAGGUGAAAGAGAAAGUAUCAGUGAAACAAUGCAGAGUUCUCUGGAUGAAGCCACUGAUCCAUGGGGUGUGAAGGUUGAGCGAGUGGAAGUGAAGGAUGUACGUCUUCCUCAACAACUGCAGAGAGCCAUGGCAGCAGAGGCUGAAGCUUCUCGUGAAGCUCGUGCUAAGGUCAUUGCCGCAGAGGGUGAACAGAAUGCAUCUCGUGCACUGAAAGAAGCUGCUGAUAUCAUUUCAGAGUCACCUUCUGCUCUCCAGCUCCGAUACCUGCAGACACUGACAACCAUCUCAGCAGAGAAGAAUUCCACUGUUAUUUUCCCUCUCCCUGUCAACUUUUUGGCCAGACUUCUUCCAAAUGAGAACAAAUGACUAAUUGAAUGGAGAAAGUGUUCAUCCUUGACUGAAAUCAGUAUUCUCUGAUCGUGAAUGGUUAUUUACACUGCAAGAUGUAUUAUAUAUAUAGAAAUUAAUGGACACCACUGUGUAUAUUAAUAAGCAGUAGAAGCAAUUAAACAUUUAUUUAAUGUUCAUAGCCUUGCAACUUGUCUUGUUGUCAAAGGAGAUAUAGAUUAUGAUAUCAAGUGGUAACCAUUAUUGUUUCUGAUAAUCCUUUCUAUUUGCAGACAUUCUGUAGUGCUAUGUAUUCCCAUAAAUGUUAUAGAUAUGUAUCCAUUCUGCUAACAGUUACCUUUGUACUGUCUUUUUCUAGGAAUAAGAAUACCAAAACAAUAACAAUCCUAUUUUCAGGAGUUUUUUUGAGCAUGUGAUUAUUUGAUCUUAUCUUAGUUGCAAGGCAACAGGAAGCUUUUCUUUUGGUGGUUUUUGUUUUUCAAUCCCCUUUAAAUUCCCUAGUAGUCUUGUUAUUCAAGGUUUUGGUAAUAGUCUUUUUAUUUAGACUGGUGAUUUGGAAAUAUAUGUGUUUCAAGACAGAGUGAAAGAAAUGUCAAACCUUCAGGAGAAAAUUGAAUUUUCUAUAGUCACUGUGGUUAAUUAUGGUUUAUUACACUAAUGUAUAGCUUUAUCAAAUGAAAUUAACAUUAAAAUUAAAGUACCCAUAUCAAAGGUUAAGGUGCUGAAUAAAGAGUACUCAUCUCAGAGAUAA